AUUUACGUUUUGAAAUGCUUACGACACUUGUUUUUAAAUAUUUGAUUUUCAAGUGAUCUUCGACUAUAAAGUCUAAAUUAAAUAUUUUGCCCCCGCCCAUCAAAAAUUUUGUCUUGUGUGCCUUGUAAUGGAACGUCGUUGCAUCAUAUGUGGAGAGCAGCCAACCUCCAAGUUCACGUACCCGCAUACUUUGGAACAAGCGCUCAAAUGGCAAAAUAUGCUCGCUACCUUUGUGCCAGUAGAGACAUUGAUGCAUAGCUGUUGUGUCUGUAAUAAGCAUGUCAAUCGAAGGGAAGCUACUGUGCCAGAAUCUUCCAUUGAUGAGGAACGAUCUGUGACUUUCACCGAUGCUAAUGCCGUACAUUACUUUACAGAUCAAAGGCCCGAAACUCAUUUGGAUUGUGCACAAACAGACAAUUUUAGUAAGCCACAAAUUGGUUAUCAAAGCAAUUAUAAUGAACAAUCAAGCGACCCGGUGUACGAAAAAGUGCGCAUAAGAUCGACUUCUGGUAGCGACUUAAACUUUCGAUCGAAAAAACAAAGUGCAGUCAAAAAUGUAAACUCAAGUAAAAAUCGGACGCAAUCAAAAGGAGCCUCAACUAAGAAAGGCUGUCAAUCACAGUGUAAUCGAUGUAGUCCUACAAAGAGUUCUGGACCCAAUCAGAUAAUGCAAAGAAAACGAGAGAGAUCUCCAGAUAGAUCGGGUAGGAACCCGCAGCUCGAAUUGAAUUCAAGCUCUUAUGGCUAUCCACCAAUGGUGUGCCCACAACGACAACAACAACUACAACAGCAACAGCAGCAGCAGCAGCAGCAGCAGCAGGAGCAACAUCAAAUCUGUCCUGGACAGAGGAAUUGUCCUAAUCACAACGUAAGCAUACCAACGUGUAGUGAAAAAUCAUGUAUGUGCGAUCGUGGAUUUAGGGAAAACUCUUGCGGAAAUUUGAGCCAAAUUAGAGCGGGAAAUUCAAAUAUGGGUAACGCACCCUGUAGGCAGUGCUCCUUGAUGGACACUGGCCGACGCCCACCGGUUAAUGUUCUAAUAAUGGGUGGCUCCAUGGUGCCUUCGUAUUACAAUAAGGAUCUGAGCAAACGAUCCUCAGAUAUUUCGCAAAUCCGUGUGCUCGAGUCAGACAUGACACGCGAGGGAGCUUUCUUUCCAGACAUCGAUGAGCCGAAUUAUUCAGUUUGCCGGCAGCCUGCAGAGAAUGGUAAGAAUGGAGCAGCGGAUUCAACUGACGUACUACUGUUGGGCACAACGCCAGAGAAGAAAUGCCCGUGUGCUGAGGCGGCUUCAGGUACAGGUACAAAACCUCCUGCAGCAAAUCCCAUUCAACAGGCAGGAAAAACGACAUCAGAAUCAAUUGAUAAAAAAGGGGCAAAGCAGUUGGAUGAGCUGGAAUCGCUAUUGGCCCAGCAACAACAGCUACAAAAGUCCAUUCAGGCCAAGCUGAAUGAGUUGCAGGCCAACACAAAAGUCGAAAAGGAGAGAGUCAAUGCGGGCACGGCACAAUCAAAGUUUAAUUGGCCGCCCUAUGAAAGAGUGGCUCCAAGAGUUCGAGUUCUCAGAUCAAUGGCCAAUUACAAAACAUAUUAAAGUGGGGGCAAGAAAGAACUGCUGCCCGAUAGCCGACCAUCACAUAUAUACAUACAAACAUAUUCAAAUAAUACAAAGAUCACACAAACAAUCUCAUAUAGCUAUCAUGACAUUUAGGAAGCUACAUUAAAACACAAAAUAUUCUUUGAGUAAUAUUUGAAAAAAUUUUAAGUUGAAUUUUGACCGUUCCAAUGAA